AGGGCGGUGCCGCGGAGAAGAAGAAGAAGGAGGAGCCAGAGGAGGAAGUCUGGGGCCCGGUGGGCGCGAGCUGGCGAUGGUGCUGCCGCUGCAGCUGUUCGGGAGUGUACGCCGGCCGAUCCUGGCGUCCGCGGAGGCUGCCUUCUGGGGUUUGAAGUCAAUAAAGGGAAGCUGCCAUAAUUUUUGUACAGCUAUUUUUAAAGAUGUCACUUAUAAGGAACUUAAAAACCUCUUGAAUUCCAAAAAAAUUAUGUUAAUUGAUGUUAGAGAGCCAUGGGAAAUUGUUGAGUAUGGAAAAAUUCCUGGGUCCGUCAACAUACCACUGGGUGAGGUAGGUAAAGCUCUACAGAUGAACCCAAAAGACUUCAAAGAGAAGUACAAUGAAGUGAAACCAUCCAAAUCAGACAGUCUGGUGUUUUCUUGUUUAGCUGGAGUGAGAAGCAAGAAGGCUUUGGACACGGCAGUAUCUCUGGGCUUUAACAGUGCUCAACACUAUGCUGGAGGAUGGAAGGAAUGGGCAACCUAUGAAUUUUCAGAGAAGAAACACGGAAAUUGAUUUCUGGAAUACAAGUUGGCUCUUUUCGGGCGCCUGGGUGGCUCAAUGGGUUAAGCCUCUGCCUUCGGCUCAGGUCAUGAUCUCAGGGUCCCACAUCUGGCUCUCUGCUCAGCAGGGAGCCUGCUUCCUCCUCUCUCUCUCUCUCUCUGCCUGCCUGUCUGCCUACUUGUGAUCUCUCUCUGUCAAAUAAAUAAAUAAAUUCUUAAAAACAACAACAACAACAACAACAAAAACCAAGUUGGCUCUUUCCUUCUGUAUAUGCAGCUUAUGACAUUGAAAUGUACAAAAAAAUAGCCCUGGCAUCACUGGAAAGGGUUUUGUGUAACUCAGUUAUUCGUUGCAUCUUUUCUUUAACUGUUUUAAGUUGAGAAUACUACUUGCCCUUGCCUAUUUUCAAAGGCUAUUGAGGAUUGAAAUAAUGUAUGUGACUUGCCGUGGGAGUAUUAAGGGUUAGGAUUCUAGAAAUGAAUUUUUUAAAUAGUUUAGUAUAGUACAAUAGUAUU